UUUCUUAUCAAAACAAGAUCACUUAAAUACAUUAUUAACACGGACAACGCAUGAAAACAUAUGUUGACCAUGUCUCAGUUUGAUCUGUGAAGCUUAAUUUUAUCAGGUCAAACAAUAAAAGCAACGCAAUUAGCAUGUAACGACUGAAAGACAUGACAAAUGUGACUAGUGGAGCUUAUAUCUAAAGUUACAAACCGGAAGCAGUGCUAGUAUUUUUCUUUGACUUUGCACAUUUAGCCAUGUGUUUUUAGUCUUUUGCAGUGGUGAAAGAUGUGAAUGUGGAACCUAACACGGUAGAAACAUCAGCUUGAACAUGGAGCCUUCGUUGUCCACAGCAACAUGCAACAGAAAGAAGAAAAGGAGCUUUGAUCCCACAGAACAUAAGAAGGCCAAGAGAUUAAAAACAGAGCAAGGAGGAGGGGAGGCAGAGGAGUGUGCACGUCUUCCCCGCUCACCGAGGAUUUCUGUGCUGCUCGACCACCUCCAACAACCAAUUACACUGAGUGAGCUGACAGAGCUGCUGCAUUAUGCUGCUCUGGGGAAAACAGGUGGCAUCAAACAGCCCAGUUGGUGUCGUCUUCACCAUCAGAGGAAAAUUAAAGGUGUGAACAUUGUGAUCGUGGAGGGCUUGACCCAGAAUCACUUUUACAAACACUACCUCACCCUGCAACACCUCAGGACCAACUACACCACUAGAGUUACCUUCACUCCAUCAUCUGAUAAUAUGGUGUCUGCAAUCUUUACCAGUGAAGUUCCCAAACUGGACCAUCUCUCACUUUCCCAGAUACACAAGGAAAGCAGUGAAUUGCACAGUGCACUGAGGAGUCACCCAGUAAUCACCAGGUUUGGGACACAGAGAAGAGGACUGACAGCGUAUGUUCUCACCCAAGAAGAGAUGAUCAAGAGACACUUUCCUGUCAAAGGCGAGUUUCCUUCUAACUAG